AUGUCUCAAAGUUCACAAGGGCAGUACAAGUUGGCAAAGUUUGCUUUUAAUAUCUAUGGGUCGUUGGGAACCCCACAGUCCAAUGAAUCUGUUUCGCCGAGUUCCUCUCUAAAUUCGAGGAAUUCAAAACAACUUCCUGUCAAUUUCAGUGAUAAGAUUGAUCAAAAACCAGUCUUUACUUGCGACCGUGAAGCCCAAGCUUUGUCUCAGCUCAAUUGCGGAGUACAAGUCAGCAAUUACAACAGUGGGAAUGAGCUCCGCCAUCAUGCAGUUAUUGGAGGGAAAAAUUAUCUUCGCUUAUUAUGCUUGAAUGAAGAUCAGCUGAGGGUCUUGCAAGAAAUCAACUUGUUGGAUUCAAAAUCAAUAUACACUUCCAGAGCUCCAAAUAAACUAAACAACAUAAACACAAUCAAAACAAACUCAAACACAGUUGCGUGUGGACUUGCAAAUGGAGCGAUUUCCCUAUACAAGGUUUCACCGUCAGGACAAAGUAAGCUACAUGCAAGACUAUCCGACCAUAAACGAUGCAUUAACUCCCUUGACUUUGUCGACUCGGAAAAUGUCCUCGUUUCAGGGUCACAAGACGGGAGUAUCAAGUUGUGGGACUUAAAGGCUUCAGUGACAAAGCCGGUAUUAUCGCUACAUGCAGCUUUGCAUAAUGACCCUAUUAGAGCAUGUCAAUAUAGCCCUCAUUCAGCAGUCAGGAAUAAAAUAUGUAUAUUAUCUGUUCAUGAUUCAGGUGCCUUGUGCAAAUUUGACUUGCGUACUAGUCUAACAAGUAAUACGCAAACACCAGAUCGGAAAUGGAAUUUACAUUCUGGUCCUGUUUUAUCUAUGCAUAUACAUCCAGAGAAGGAAUAUGUGGCAACUGGUGGUAGAGAUCAAAAAAUCUGCAUCUUUAACUAUAGUGAUUCCCAGUCUUCAACAAGGACGUCUCCCGAAUCGAUGAUAAAUACAUACGGAUCUAUCUUGAAAGUUCGAUGGAGUCACUAUUCAAAUAAUCAUCACAAACCAAGUGAAUUCGAAGAUCGAAGUGCCAAUGCAUUGUCCAGUUAUGACAUAGCUUGUCUGUACCUUAAUGAUGACCCCACAAUCACCACCUUCAACUUAGAUCGAAAGUUUAUUCCCAAACGCGUUGUUCAUUCCUAUGAACAAAAGCCAGUAUCUAACUUUGUGUGGGCUCAAAAUGAAGCACAAUGCAGCAAAAUAUGGGCAUUAACCAAGGCCAAUGUGUUUACCCUGUACAAUCUAGAUCUGCAAUGUGAUCUUGAUGUCAAUCGGCCAUUGGAUGACUUGGCCAAUGUUGCCAUGACGUGGGAUUCAAAUAACAAUUUCAUGAUGGUCAAUCAAGACAAGCACCAAUUUAGCACGGGUGAGGAAGCUGGAACAGAGUUUUAUGACCUGGGAGAUGAACGCAUCCACUUUAACGAUCAUGACGAUGCAGAUUUACUCGCUAGUUCACUUGCGGCUUCUCCAGUUGAAAAGCCGCUGUUGAUUAGGUCGUAUUCAUAUAAUCCAAUGCUGCAACUCGCUGCAAAGUCCCCACCCCCCAUAUCGAGGCACAUGAAUUCUUUUGAACCACCGCCUUCUUCCCCAGCGGGGUCGGCAUUUGGCAAUAGAAGACCAGCCCUUACUAAAAACCCAUCGCAGGAAUCGACAGCUUCAUUUGGGUCUGCUCCUCCACUUUCUUCUACUAAGACAAAAAAAUUGACUAAAGAGAGCACUUUGUUUUAUUCUCCUUAUGCUACGCCUGUUACGCUACCGUUACCAUCCAACGAUGAAUCCAUCUUCCAGACCUUGUCCACUAACUAUUUGACAACAGUUCCUGAUGGAUUUGGUGUGUUUGAUGUUUGUCUAUUCAAUGCCAAUGUGGCGGAUAGAGCAGGUCUCCACCGAAUCUGCCAAAUAUGGAAGAUGUUGGCCUCAAACCUUUCACCCGAGUUAUCAGGACAUGCAAAAGAUUUCCCCGAAGAGAGUCAAGAUGGAGCAAUAGUAAAUCCACACGAAAGCACAAAAUCACUGUCACAUAUACAACAAUCCAUCCAGUCUGACUUGGGCAAUGUUAUCGGCUCUUUGAACUCAAAUUCCACGCAGGCCACUAAUUACGGCAAAAAUUUGUCAAAACAGCCAAGCGAUGAAGCUUCUCAUUACACGUUGCCUCUGGUCCAAAAUAGCCGUGCAAAUAGCUUCACUCAACUACGAGAUGCCAACUACGAUUCUGCCAGUCUGCAUACAAAAUCAAGGCCAAUUCUGAUCAAUUCAGAGAAACAAAUGACUGAUUUUCAAAAGGAGAAUGUCGAUUUAAUGAGCGCUGCUUUUCCUACCUCUAGUCCAAACUCAUUAGGAUCAGCCCGCACACGCACAAGUCUCGAGUCUUUUCCAAGAUCUCCACGAACUGCAAUACAGCGCAAAUUUUCCGAUUCACAGCCACAAAAUCACUCUUUAGCAAAGCUCUUGCUGGGGAAUAGAAACCAUGCAAGUGAAGACAGAGUGCUUCAAAAAUCAUACUUGUCAGCUUCAUUAAACACUGAUGAAUCGAAGGCUUGGGACUUUGGAAAAUUGUUACGAAAAUCACUUGACUAUGCACAAUUACAAGGUGAUGUCAUAUUUUGUGCCACCGUGAGUCUAUUGUUUUAUGACAUUACUACAGAGAUUGCAAUAGAAGAAUGCUUGGAUUGGCUUCUGACGUACAUUGAAAUCUUACAAAGAAAACAACAAUUUGUUAAUGCUACUAAAGUAAUAAACUCUGCCCCGUUUGAAAUACGGCAGGAAUUGACAAAGCAGUACACGGCAGAUUUGGUGAGGCUAUAUUGCUCCUCCUGUUCUAAGUUGUUGAUAAACGACACUUCAAAGCACAAACAACGAGGUGAAUUUGGGUACUGGUAUUGUGAUGCAUGUCACAAAAAACAACUGAAUUGUAUUUAUUGUAACGAGCCUAGCAAGGGCCUAGCUGUUGUCGUAAGUUUAAGAUGUGGACACCGAGGGCAUUAUGGUUGUUUGAAGGAGUGGUUUGUUGAUGACGGGAAUCUUGAGUGUCCAAGCGGGUGUGACUUUAAAGUGCUUUAG